UUCCUUUUGCCGAGCGAGACGGGAAGACCCAAAUCGCAUCGUUGAUUUUCUCCACGCACCGCACCUCUCCAUCUCGUCACGGCCGUCGCCCGUCGCGCUGCCUUCAGUGAGCGUCCAGUGCAGGCUACAGUCAGUUGCUGUCCUCACUCCGCACCCCCAGUUAGGCUACCUCCACUGUCCUUUCAGUCAGCGGCGACCGGCGGCCGGCGGCUUCACGCCCAAUCGCACCCGCCCGUCCUCAAUCCCGUCCACCAUCGUAGGUGAUCCUUCCCGCCGCCUCGACUCCGUCGACCGUCGCCGCCGACUACGCCACACCUUUGUGUCGGCAUCUCCCCCGACCACCGCGCCGCCACCCCCGCGGGCCGUGGGCACGAAGCUCCUAGAGUUUGCUACAGUAACCUCCAACCCAUCGAUGGCUUCCUCCUCAUCCUCAGGUCCACUCAAGCCUGUUGCUGACCUUCCAUCAUCCUGCAGCCCUGCAUCUCAUCAUCCUCUUCAGUUUAUAACUGAUGUUGGUUUGGCUGCCUCUCAUGCUGAAAGCAAGGUUUCACCUUGCCGACAGGCUGAUGGUUCUCCAAGUGCUGAAGUAAUGGGGCCAGAGGUUAGCCUUCCAGAGGAUAUCAUUUGGAAGAUACAUGCCCUUAUGCCUAUUCAAGAUGCCGCUCGUGCUGCCUGCUUGUCUCAUGAUUUUCUUCACUCUUGGAGAUGCUAUCCCAAGCUCAUAUUUGAUAUGAGAGCACUAGGCAAACAAACAAGGGAUUUUAUCAACAUAGUUGACCACAUCAUGCGGAAUCACUCUGGCGUUGGGGUGAAGACAUUUAAAUUGCAAACUCGCGAUGAGUUCACUGUGCAUCCAAGUUAUCUUGAUCGCUGGCUGCAAGUUGCAAUUACACCUGGGAUCAAAGAAUUUACGCUAGGGCUCCCCAUAAAUAGCAAGCUGAAAUAUAACUUUCCUGGUUCACUUCUAUCUCCUGAGGCAGCACACUCAAUCCAGUAUUUUCACAUCACUAGCUGUGCUUUUCAUUCUGUAGGCAAAGUUGGUCGCUUGAGUGGUUUGAAGACUCUUUGUCUGCAUGAUGUUGGUAUUACUGGGGAGGAGUUAUAUCUACUUCUGUCCAAUUCCUUCUUGUUAGAGCAUUUGGAUCUCGAGUCCUGCUACGAUAUACAUUGCUUAAAGAUACCACAUUUUUGGUCGAAGCUUAACAUCCUGGAAGUGCAAUGUUGCAAAAUGUUACAGAUGAUUGAAUGCAGUGCUCCAAACCUCUCCACCUUCAAUUAUGAUGGUCCCCUGAUACAUAUCUCGCUUGGAGGUUCAUUGCAAGUGAAGAAAAUGCAAAUGACAUGUGCUAUUGUGCCUAACCUGCUCCAUUAUGCUAGUGCCAAGCUUUUAUCCAUUGCGCCAAAUGUCCAAACUCUUUUUUUACACUCACUUUAUGAGACAGUCAAUACACCUGUGGUGCUGGGUAAAUUUCUGCACCUCAAGUAUUUGGAGAUAAAACUUUUCAUGCCAAGUCGUUCUCCAGGUUACGACUUCUGUUCUUUGGUUUCUUUUCUUGAUGCUUCUCCCACCUUGAAGACUUUCGUCUUGCGUGUGGAGGCUCCUACCAUGGAAGGUGGUUUGAUUCCUGGAGUCAAUAUUGGCGAGGACUCCUCACUGGCAAGUUGUCUUCCGAAACACCGACAUCGCAAGCUUAAGAGUGUGAUCAUCACUGGCUUUUGCCCCUGGAAGACAAUGAUUGAGCUAACGAGAUGUAUUCUUGAUUAUGCAACGUCACUGAAGCACCUUACCCUGGACACUACUAGUGGAUAUCAUAGGAGGAGGUGGGGCAACUGUUUCCCUUUGGGUAGGGAUACAAUUAUGGAAGCCCGGAAGGCUAUUGCGGCUAUCAAGACAUACAUAGAGGGGAAAGUACCUUCAAAGAUCAAGUUUAAGGUUCUUGAGCCCUGCAACUGCAAUAAGUGUCAAGAAUGUUGAGUUAUGUUAUCAUAAUAUAUUGUUAUGUUAUGAAUAUAGCUUAGAGCCCCUAAAAAAAGUGUAAUCUAUUCAAUGACAUCUCUACUACUCCCUUUGACCCACAUAGGACAUUCCUAGUUUUAACUACAUACAUACACAUAAUGAACUCAAAACAUUUCAAAUAUCAUUUACUACUUAUUUUUCCUAUACAA